AUGGAACGGCAUCGGACAAAGGCCAAAUCUCAAUCAACCUUUGUCUUCUUUCUUGCAACCCUAAUCACCAUUGCCUUUUUCACUCAAUGGCUCGACAUCUCAAUAAUUACAGGAUCGUUACAAAGGACGUUUUCAUCCCAAACAUACUCGGAAGAAUUCGAUUGCUCCAUCAACUGUUCACAAACUUCACAGCCGAUCACGACAAACGCAGUAAUCAAUCCAUCAAAACAAACGUGUCCAGAGUAUUUCAGAUGGAUUCACGAAGAUUUACGUGCAUGGAGAGAUACGGGAAUCACAAAGGAAAUGGUCGAAAAUGCCAAAAACGUGGCGCAUAUUAGAAUCAUCAUAGUGAAUGGCAGAUUGUACACGCAAAAGUACAAGGACGUUUAUCAGACAAGAGACGUUGUCACGGUGUGGGGCCUACUGCAGCUUCUAAGGUUGUACCCUGGCCGUUUACCGGAUUUAGAUCUCAUGCUCGAAUGCGCUGACAAGCCCGUUAUCAAGAAACGCAACUAUGUGGGGCCUGAUUCUUCGGUUCCUCCAUUGUUUCAUUACUGUGGGGAUGAAUCGAGUUACGAUAUCGUCUUUCCUGAUUGGUCCUUUUGGGGUUGGCCGGAGGUAAAUAUAAAGCCGUGGGAGGAAUUGAAAGAGGAUAUAAAAGAAGGUUCUAGAAGGAUCAAGUGGAAGGAUAAAGAGCCUUAUGCUUAUUGGAAAGGAAACGCUAAGCUCGGCGCUGCACGACGAGAGCUGCUAAAAUGUAAUAUAUCCGAUCGAAAAGAUACGAAAGCUCGAAUCUUUUCCAUGGUAAUGUAUCAAAAUUUACAAUUUUCCUUUUAUAUAUUUGAGUGGAAAGAAGAGAAAAAACAGAACUUCAGAAACACUGAUUUAGCAAGUCAGUGUAAUUACAGGUACAAGAUUUACGUGGAAGGAGUAUCGUGGUCCGUUAGUCAAAAGUAUAUACUAGCUUGCGAUUCGAUGGCCUUGGUAAUAAAACCUCGUUACUACGAUUUCUUCACGAGAAGUUUACUGCCUUCAAUUCACUACUGGCCGAUCGACGAAAAAAACAUGUGUAAAUCCAUCGAAUAUGCUGUCGAAUGGGGCAACAAAUACGCAGAUAAGGCGGAGGAGAUUGGGAAAGAUGGGAGCGAAUUUGUGCAAGAAAAUCUUGCAAUGGAAUAUAUAUAUGACUAUACAUUUCACUUAUUGAAUGAAUAUGCGAAGCUGCUGAAAUAUAAACCGAGGGUCCCACAAGGGGCGAUCGAGACGUGCUCGGAGAAUCUGAUUUGCUCUGUCAAAGGGCAAAAAAGGAGAUUUAGGAAACAUUCUAUGGUGAAAAAUCCGUCCGAUUCACUUCCGUGCGAUUUGCCUCCUGCGUACGAUAUUGCAGCUCUUCGUGCUUUGUUCGAGCGAAAAGAGAGCCUAGAAAACCGAGUUUUUCAACGGGAUUUUUAG